GAGAUUUUGUUUUCUAGAACGACCGAGAGACGUUCGGUAUUUAAAGUCAGAUUAGCUGUUUAAGCUUACGGCAGGUUUUAAAACGUAAAAGGACUUCACCGUCGGAGCAGGAGCCUAGUCUAAGAUGCCAAUCCAGAAAACGAGUGGUGACCUGCGAGGCUCACUUGAUUUCGAGAACGAUUCGAGUGAUGAGUGGGACGACACUCUACAAGGAACAGAUGUUAUUUGCAUCACACCUCCCAUAGGCUACAAGCCAAAGGCUAGAGCAGGCCACAAUCAAGUGUACUUGUCAAAAAUGAUCCUGCAAAGGAUGAACCGACUUUCGGGCCCCCGCGAGAGCCAACGAGCAAGGGAGGUCUUCAGGCGAUAUGAAGAGCGCCGCCAAGCAGCGCGACAGAUGCUGAAGCAAUCUUCCAGGUCCUCUCCACCUUCUCGUAGCUUCAGAAGCCACAUCCAGAACGAGAUAGAUUAUUCCAGUGAUUUUACUGAGGACGAAGAUGACGCAUCCUGUUUCGGCUGUGUGAGCCGACGCAGUGUGGCCAAAGAGACCAGCUCUGGAGGCGAGGAGGUGCUGACGUCCUCCGAUGAGGAACUCCACUUUCUGAUGGCGGAGAGUGACAAACGCAUCAAGAGGAGUCCUUCCGUGGGUGAUGCUGAGAAGCACAGCCGCAGAGGUGGCGGUCAAAAGGGGAAGAGCGCACGUACUGCCGCCGAGGGUACAGCCAAAGAGAAUAUGCUAGACGAUGGAAGACACUUUAACCUUCCCCAUGAUCGUCCCCUGGACCCCUGGAGGUUGCCUCCAAUUGAUAACCUCUCCAAGAAGGGGCCAGUGAACCUGGUCAAGAAACCACCAGCCAACCCAGACCCAACCAGUGAAGGCCUAGCAACAACCUCUGUCUCUGACCAGCAGCUGAUGAAAUCGCUUAGGGUAAGGGAGAGAAAAUUCAAGAAGCUUGCACGGAAAAAGAAAAACAAGAAACAGUAUGCUGAAAAGAAAUAACUCACUCGAAAAAUAAACUAAUGUUGAAAAGCCCUUACACCGUUUGCAGCUCUCGUUUUGAAUGGUUUGGCUGCUUCAUAAGGUCUAAUCUGUCAAACUCCGUACAAGUGAAAUAUUAGAUCUGAUUUUAACUUUUAGCAUUCCUUCUUAUGGUUAGCAUUCACAUCACCGAAAUCUUCUUGUUCUACACAAGGUAAAUUAAACUUCAGCUGCUGAGCAAAUAUUUACUUGAAAUAAAGACAUUUUAGAGUGAAUCCCGGAGGUGUAAUUAAGGCAAAGUGGGUGCUAUAUAUUUGUAAAGAGGAUGGGAGGGUCUACUUGAUGAAUUUUUCAAACUGUAACCACACUUCUGGUAGCACGCCAGAUGUUUGUGAGCAAUGUAUAACUAAAUUGUUCACCUCACAAAAUGCAUUUCCAAAUUGUGUAAUUUGUACGUUGUCCCUCAUUGGAAAUUCCCAACUAUUGAUUUCAGACUACCAGCUAUGUAACUGCACAUUUCACAACACAACGGACAAUAUUUUUGAACUAGAGAACAGCAAAAGAAAAGGUCACGUCAGUUCUUUAAGUUCAUUUUUAAAAAUCAUGCAAAACGUUAAUUUGAAAUACAAUUUACCAGUUUGCAAAGUUGAUGUUUGCCCCGACUGGCAACAAAUAUAAAAAUGAAUGUGGCAAAAUCGCCUCAGGGUUAGUUCAGAACAGAAUGAACAUGCAAAUGAUAUUGAACCCUACACGGCUGAUAUUUUAAUGACUUAAUUCCAUUCUCUGUUCAACUCUUGAUGGAGAACAAGCUAUGUGACAAGUGAAGACAAUGAUAGUCUUGUUAGCCUAUCAAUAUGCUGGACAUAGUGUAGAAAUAGACAAAAGUGUGUGAAAUCACUUGGAAACCAGCUCAAUACAUUUUAUAAAUGAAACUCGUGAAAAUUUUUACCCUGUUCCAUUCAUAUUUAAAUUAAGGGAUUUAUUAAACUGUGAAUAGAGAAAAGGGAUCUCUUUGAGAAAACUUCUUGAGGAAAAUGUAAGUUGAAUUACAUUUUUCAAUCAUAAAAACUCAAUACUAUUCCCUAACAAACUACAUGGUGUUUAUGAGACAGGUAAAUAGUAGAGAGUUUUGGGAAUCAGAUCUUUUGGCAUAAAAUUAUCCAUGUUAAAGUGAAACUAGUAAACUUAUGAACAAGUUUUCAAAUAGCAGAAAAUACGUGUAGCCUCGAUGAUUUUGAGCAAUAAUCUUUAACAAAACUGUCUGAAGUGAAAUGAAAAAUUUAAUUCAAUAAAUACUCAUUCCUUCUCAUUCAUCCUCCAAUA